AUGACUUUACAGGACUUCAACAGACCUCAGAUCUCUGCACGUCACAAGCUUUCAAAACGAAGGGGUUGUGAGAGGUCUUUCCGGCUGAGAUCGGCUUGUUCUCGGACCGAUGAUCUGAAUACUGGUAUUACGGUCAACGCAAAGAGGUUCAGGUACAAUCGUAGAGCCUCAUCUCAUGUUAUGUUAUGUAGGGCUGAUGUAGCUGGCGUCCCGGCCAGCUAG